CGAACCGGGGAAGUACAUCCGUCUCACAUGUAACCCAAGUGACCUCAGGUUUCAAUGCGUGCUCUCUGCAUCUAAUUCAUUGUGAAGCUGUAACACACCAUUGUGGUCUAUUCACAAUUAUAAUUUAAAGCGAAUAGACUUGCGUCAUAUUUUAAAUGGCUACCAUCCAGGAGCUGUCUCCAGACUCUGGCCGUGUGGAGACACGACCGCCCGAAGAUGAGAUCGAGGGAGAUGAUGAAGAUGAAGAGCUGGAUGAAACCAUGUUGGAGAGGUUGUGGGGUCUCACAGAGAUGUUUCCAGAAUCACUGCGAUCUGCAGCUGAAGUGUCCGCGCAGUGUUCGCUAUCUGUAGCCAAAAAACUUUACAGUUUCUCCCGCUCAGCUCUAUGGGUCGGCACCACUUCCUUUAUGAUUCUGGUUCUGCCGGUUGUCUUUGAGACUGAGAGGUUACAGCUGGAACAACAGCAAUUACAACAGCAGAGACAGAUUUUGUUGGGUCCAAAUGCUGGCAUGUCUGGAGGAAUGCCUGGAAUGAUGCCUCCUGCUCCUGGAAAGCUGUGAUGAUGUAUAUAAUGUAACAUCCAUGAGUUGUAGAAGAAGGGGAAAGAGAGAGGGAGCAGGAACUGGAGAAAAGAAGAUGCUGUUGUUGGUCAACAUCAAGAAGUCAUUACCCUGUAUAGAUUCUGUACAAUGGAGAUCUUGAUGACUUUUUAUGAACUUCCCUCUGCCUUUCUCACAAAAACAUUCUACAUAGACUGAUCUCCAAGCUCUGACCUUUUACAUUUUUAUUAUAGCUAUCUAAUAACAUGUCUUUCAGAGAGAGACUAUGGCAUCUGUUGGGAAUAUUUUGACUGUGUUGUAGGUGCAUUAUAUUUCUAAGAGAGUGUUUACGGUGCAAUGUUGGCCAUUGUAAUGCCGGAUCAACACUGACGUUGUAGAGAAUCUAUAACAGCAUGUAAAAGAUCUGUAAUAUUUAUGAGGGCACGUAAAGCCAAUGUUGAUUGUGAAAUUUUCUCUAUCUAAAAACUACGGUUUCUUGUGUUUGGUUCAGAAAUGUUAAAAAUUUAAGAUGUGGUUCUCUACCAACAGUGUCUUUUACAGGUAGAACUAACAUCAUACAAAGCUUCUGCAGUGUUAUUCCACAGAAAAAGCCAUACUGUGUGUUGAAAUUAUUGUGAAAUAUUUGAGAAAUAAUGUUUCAAAACAAUACUUUCAAUAGUGAGUGAUCCUGUUUGCUCCACCUGAUGGGAAUAAAAACAAGUGCUCCUCUGUC